UGCUGUCUCCUUUGUUCGCCCUCGUUGCGCAGUAGUGCUAGCGGCUUCCCUCUUCCGUUCUCGGAGCCGGCGGCCGUCCCUUGUGCUGAGCUGCUACGAAGCCCCUGCCGGCGAGCUCGUAGGAGCUUGGACCCGUCGUCAGCCCUCCGACUCUCACCAGGGGGAAAAAAUGGUUGAAGCAGAUCGCCCAGGAAAGCUUUUCAUUGGUGGCCUCAAUACAGAAACAAAUGAGAAAGCUCUUGAAGCCGUAUUUGGCAAAUAUGGACGAAUAGUGGAAGUUCUGUUGAUGAAAGAUCGUGAAACCAACAAAUCAAGAGGAUUUGCUUUUGUCACCUUUGAAAGCCCCGCAGAUGCUAAGGAUGCAGCCAGAGACAUGAAUGGAAAGUCCUUAGAUGGAAAAGCCAUCAAGGUAGAACAAGCCACUAAACCGUCAUUUGAAAGUGGCAGACGUGGACCACCUCCACCUCCAAGAAGCAGAGGCCCUCCCAGAGGCCUUAGGGGCGGAAGAGGAGGCAGUGGAGGAACCAGGGGACCUCCCUCACGUGGAGGGCACAUGGAUGAUGGUGGUUAUUCCAUGAAUUUUAACAUGAGUUCUUCCAGGGGACCACUCCCAGUAAAAAGAGGACCACCACCACGAAGUGGCGGUCCUCCCCCUAAAAGAUCAGCCCCUUCAGGACCAGUUCGCAGCAGCAGUGGAAUGGGAGGAAGAGCUCCCGUGUCACGUGGAAGAGACAGCUACGGAGGCCCGCCUCGAAGGGAGCCCCUGCCCUCGCGUAGAGAUGUGUAUUUGUCCCCAAGAGAUGAUGGAUAUUCUACGAAAGACAGCUAUUCGAGCAGAGAUUACCCAAGUUCUCGUGAUACAAGAGAUUACGCCCCACCACCGAGAGAUUAUACUUACCGUGAUUAUGGUCAUUCCAGUUCACGUGAUGACUACCCAUCAAGAGGCUAUAGUGAUAGAGAUGGCUAUGGUCGUGAUCGAGACUAUUCGGAUCAUCCCAGUGGAGGCUCCUACAGAGAUUCCUAUGAGAGUUAUGGUUGAGGAUUUUGGUCCUUGUGGUUGGAGUGCUGAUUUAUUCACAGUAGAUAAAGCUCGCAGCUCGAGAAAUCAAAUGAUAAGAGUUGUUGAAGCAGAAGAACGCUGAUUGUCGAUAAGGCACAACAGUUGCAUAAGCAGCACCCACCAGGAUUGGUUUGGUGCAGGCAGUAGAGUUUUUGCCUUCGAGGCUUCCCGUGGAUCUGAGGAAGGCAGACAUCAGUGUUGGUUAGCACUCUUAACUAGGGAGUGGCAGCUACUUAAAGUAAUUGACCAGAUAAAGGGGAGCAGUUAAGGAAAUUGGUAAGUGGAGGUAGUAAGUUCUUGUGGUUCUUUAGGUGGAUUUUUACAGGUUUGGCUUUCAUUUUGUUAAAGUCCCCGGGGGACAACUCUGCAGUUGAGAACUUGCUAAUUACUGUCAGAAAGUUGAAGUAGAAAAAUGAAAGGCAUAAGUGGUAACUCUUUAUCCGGUAAACUGCUUGAUUCUUUUCAGCAAGCGGAACAUUUUGGUGAGGUUUAUCCAGAAGUGAGGUUUGGUCAGAAAACAAAGGAGAGUAGUGUCCCCAAACUAAAGGAACUGGAAACCUAGCUAAAAUGAUUGAGAGCACACUUUAAAAACUGGAAACAAAAGUGAGCCACUUGGCUUUAUCUUUUUUUUAAAUUGUAUUGUUUUGUAAGCCUGCUUUAAACCCCCCCCCCCAACCUGUCUUGGAAACAAACCAAUUGUGUUGGAGACUAAAGCCGGUAAUAUAAAAAAGCUAAUGUUUCCAAAGGAAACAGAUUUGAGUAGUUGGGUUGGAAAAACCAACUCAACUCCUCUAAGAUUUUUUUCUUCGUAGUAAAAUCAGUGCUGUCAUCUUUGAUCUUUGCAGUUGUGGGAAAUAAUUCCAGAAAUCUAACCCUCUGCGGACAGGCUUUCCUAAUCCCAGACCGCGAUGAGGGUGUUGCCCAAAUUAGCUGUUGGCACUUAACAUAGCUGUCUUCCUCAAUCCUGUCAUGUGAAGUAUGUGAGAUUAUGCUUCUGAUGCCUUGGGCUCUGGAGAUUUUAUUUAGAUACCUGGAAAAUAAUGUAGAACAUAGAAAUUAAACCCUAGUGAUCAUUGAUACGAGGUUCAAAUUAAGCAUACCCAAGUGACCAUUCAGCUGUUGGCACAUAGUUUACUGACCCAGCCGACUUAAUUUCUCCCGUUGGGAAAAGAAUCCAUCUGGAGUCUUCUGGCUUUAUACUGGUUGUAAAAGAAACAAUGACAAUGUUUUGUUUACCUGGUAGUUGAAUAUAGAACUUAGAUAUUCUAGGUCACUUUUCUCUUUUUGGAAUGUUUUGUAUUUGAAACUUAAUAAAACCGAACAUGCAUA